AUGGAUCCGGGAAAAAGAGAUCGACCUCAUGUGGACGUUUUGGCUCUUGCGGACCUACCACUUCUCUCGUUUCUCAAACAGUCCGCCUGUGUUACCGUACAAGUCACCAGUCCAACAGCUGACACAGUCUCCUCGUCAUGCCAUCUCUCUCCAUUCGAAGAAAAUAAGCACAGCUGCCUGAUCAGACUACAGAUUCCAUACUCAUGGUUUGGCGCUAUCGGACACAAUUCGACUUUUCGACAGGUGCUCUCGAUGUCACAUACGGUCUCAUCAACAUGUAACGUGCCGUUCUACGAUCGACCCCAAACUCCGCUCAGUCUUCUGCCCUACAUCGAAAAUGCUCAAGCUCAUACCCUCAUCAAGGACGAUGAA